UGAUGAUUUUUAGUAGAAGUGUUAAGCCGUGCAGCAUGCGGUGUGUGAAUGCAUUGCAGCUCACCCUCGCUGUCGUCAAACCCGAUGCUGUGGCCCAUCCGCUCAUUCUGGAGGCUCUUCAUCAGAAGAUUCUCAAAAACUUCAUUAUAGUCAGAAAGAAGGAUCUGAUGUGGAGAACAGAAGAUUCAGAAAGGUUUUAUGCUGAACAUGCAGGACGUUUUUUCUAUCAAAGACUGGUUGAAUUCAUGUCAAGUGGCCCAAUGAGAGCAUACAUCCUAGCCAGGGAAGAUGCUAUCACUCACUGGAGGGGGAUGAUGGGUCCAACAAAAGUGUUUAGAGCUCGCUUCACUUCACCAGACACCCUGCGAGGCCAAUACGGGCUGACAGACACCAGAAACACAAUUCAUGGUUCAGAUUCAGUUGACUCUGCCAAGAGAGAGAUUUCAUUUUUCUUUCCAGAAUUCAAUGCCGAUGAGUGGAUGUCGAGGGAAGAGCCACGUUUUAGGUUGGGACUUACUGAAUACAAUGAGGAGAGACAAAUACAUACUCUCCACUGGGACACAUGAUGAUCACUGGUUUGAUGGUGCUUUUAUAGGACUACAUGAAUGUGACUUUUCACCAGAUAUUUCAGCAUUCUAUGUUUUCUCUAAGUUGCCAUGUUACUCUUUUGUGGCCACAAAAUACCUCUACAGCAGCUCUGCCAAGACUAUUAUAUUCAUUUGUAUGUGUUUUAUAUUUAUGUAUAAAUUAAUAUUUGUUCUAGCUUUGUAGUAGAUGUCCAUAAAUGUUUACUUCGACGUAGCAAA